ACAGGUACCACAAGGAUAAAAUUAAAGCAAUUCCUCUCUUUUAGUAGUGCACUGCACACAAUGUACAUUUUGCAGGUAUUACAUAAAUCUGUCUUAUUACACAAUAUGAAAGUUGCAUGUCAUAUUGGUGUCAAUUCUCUAUGUAUUUUGCGAUUUUCUUGUUUGUGUCAGAGCCUUCUCAACAUUCACUAAUUCUCGAUGUGAGAACAAGGUGGAAUUCUCUUUUCUUAAUGCUGGAGAGAUUCCUCGAACAAAACCCUGCAAUACAAGCAGCCAGCUUUGCUCAACGCCUGAGAAAGAAUAUGGAGAGGGACAAGUAGAGAUAGAAAGAUGGAUGGAAUAUAAGAGAAAAAUUAGACAGCAGUGAACUGAAGUCGCAGCCACCAGUACAGAGACCUGUCAGUCUAUAAUAGAGAGGAGGAUAUCAGGUUCUUCUUGGAAGAAGCCACUGCCUUAGAUCCCUGCUUCAAGAAUAAGAUGGACAACAACACUGCAGUCUGGGAACGGAUCAAGGGGAAUAUUCUGGCAAACUCUGAGCAGUCAGCAGGAGCUCAUGACCAUGCAGAAGAGGUUGGUGUGACGCAGAGCGAGGGAAACCAGGAAGGUGUGGAGACUGAGAGUGAGGAGGAAGGGGAGAAUCAGCCUCAUCCUUUCAAACAAUCCAAAAAGUCUCCACUGGAGGAGCUUUUUGCUGAGGAGGAUGCCAUGAAGAGGACCUCACAGGAGAGGCUGAUGAUGUCCAUGGAAGAGCGUGCUGAAAAGGAGAUCCAGACAUACCAGGAAAUGCCACCAACCAUCACAUCAUGUGACCCUGCUGCCUGGUUCUGGACCAGAAACAAAAUUAUCCUUUACUGUCAUGUCUGGUCUUCUCAUAUUUAUGUGUCCAUUUUCCUCAACGCCUAGUGAACAUGUGCUCUCUACUGCAGGGAACACAAUCUGUGCGGAACAGGCACGCUUACUGCCUGAGAAGGCAGACAUGAUAAUCUUCCUCAACAAGAACUCUUGACUGAUUUGUCACAUGACUGCUCCAGGGUUUGAGUUUGUUUUAUUUUGUUUCACAUACAUCCACCUGGGCUGCAUCUCUUUGAUUUUUAGACUGCUGCCAGCUUGUCCCGAAAAUACCUAAACCAGUAGUUAUGUCUUCUUGUUUUAGUUUGUCCUCCUGUUAUUAACAUAAUGUGCAAAUAAAGUUAUUCGAAUGGUUCGAACCUGUUUUUUUAGAGCGAAUAUUUGAAUGUUAUU